AUGGACAGCACGGGCAAGGAGCGGGAGGCCGUGCAGCUGAUGGCGGAGGCCGAGAAGCGGGUCAAGGGCUCGCACUCCUUCCUGCGGGGGCUCUUCGGGGGCAACACCAGGGUGGAGGAAGCCUGUGAGAUGUACACCAGGGCUGCCAACAUGUUCAAGAUCGCCAAAAACUGGAGUGGUGAGUACAAUUCCUCUGAGGCCGCAGGAAAUGCAUUCUGUCAGGCGGCCAAGCUGCACAUGCAGCUGCAGAGCAAACAUGACUCCGCCACCAGCUUCGUGGAUGCUGGGAAUGCCUACAAAAAAGCAGACCCGCAAGAGGCCAUCAACUGCUUAAAUGCAGCUAUCGAUAUCUACACCGACAUGGGGCGAUUCACCAUCGCUGCCAAGCACCACAUCACCAUUGCAGAGAUCUACGAGGCUGAGCUGGUGGACAUUGAGAAGGCGAUCGCGCACUAUGAGCAGGCUGCAGACUAUUACAAAGGAGAGGAGUCCAACAGCUCAGCCAACAAGUGUCUGCUGAAGGUGGCUGCCUACGCCGCACAGCUGGAGCAAUACCAGAAAGCGAUAGAAAUCUAUGAGCAGGUCGGAACAAACACAAUGGAUAAUCCUUUGCUCAAGUACAGCGCCAAAGAGUAUUUCUUCAAAGCCGCUCUGUGCCACUUCAUUGUGGAUGAGCUGAACGCGAAGCUUGCACUUGAGAAGUAUGAAGAAAUGUUUCCAGCUUUCACAGACUCCCGGGAGUGCAAGUUAUUGAAAAAACUGCUGGAAGCCCAUGAGGAGCAGAACAGUGAGGCAUACACUGAAGCAGUUAAGGAAUUUGACUCGAUAUCGCGGCUGGACCAGUGGCUCACAACCAUGUUGCUUCGCAUUAAGAAGUCAAUCCAGGGUGAAGGGGAUGGGGAUCUGAAGUGA